CACCCUCUGGAUUGCCUGCACCCCCCUUUGGAGACUGCCAGAAGCACCUGGCCAGGUCCUCCAGUGCUGCAAAUCCCCCCCAGGAACCUCCACGGGGGCCCCUUUCUGCCCGCAGGCAGGCAUCAGUAACCAUCACAACCCCUCAAAGAACAGGAGGAGCCGGGACCUUCGCAGUCACCAUCCUCCCCGGUCUACCUUCCGGGAAAGGUGGCCAGGAAGGGCCGGGCAUUUUGUGAAGCCACCCCCGACACGCCCGCAAACGUCCGUCCGGACUUUGGUCAGCUGCGGACAAGCUCCCGGCCUCAGCCAUGUCGCACGAGAAGAGCUUCCUGGUGUCGGGGGACACUUAUCCCGGCCCGCAGCCCCCCGUCCCCCCUGGCUACGUACAGCCUCCGUAUCCUGUGGCUCCCCACCCGCCAGGACAGUUCCAGCCUGGGGUCUAUGGCCAGCCGGGCUACCCCCAGAGCCCCUACCCAGUUUCGCCCUACCCCCAGGCCGGACCCUACGCACACGGGCCUUAUCCGCAAGCACCGUACCCUCAAGGGCCGUACCCACAGGGUCCCUAUGCGCAGCCGCAUCCUGGAGCACCUGCGAGCCAGCCGGGGCCAAUGCACGGCAACUACCAUGAGGACGGACCGCCUUCCUACUACGACAACCAGGAUUUCACCCCCACCAGCUGGGAUGACAAGAACAUCCGGCAGGCUUUCAUUCGCAAGGUCUUUCUGGUGCUGACCGUCCAGCUCUCCGUGACCUUCUCCUUUGUGGCCAUCUUCACCUUUGUGAAGGACGUGAAGGGCUUUGUGCACAGGAACGUCUGGACCUACUACAUCUCCUAUGCGGUUUUCUUCAUCUCCCUUAUUGUGCUCAGCUGCUGUGGGGAGUUCCGGCGCAAGCACCCGUGGAACCUCGUGGCCCUGUCCAUCCUGACCGUGAGUCUCUCCUACAUGGUGGGCAUGAUCGCCAGUUUCUAUAAUACGGAUGCUGUCAUCAUGGCCGUGGGUAUCACGACCGCCGUUUGCUUCACCGUCGUCAUCUUCUCUUUGCAGACCAGGUACGACUUCACCUCCUGCCGUGGCGUGCUGAUUGUCUGCCUGAUGGUCCUGUUCAUCUUCGCCAUCCUUUGCAUCUUCAUCAGAAACCACAUCCUAGAGAUCGUCUACGCCUCCCUCGGGGCCCUGCUCUUCACCUGCUUCUUGGCUGUGGACACCCAGUUGAUCCUUGGGAACAAGCAGCUGGCCAUCAGCCAGGAGGAAUACAUCUUUGCGGCCCUGAACCUCUACACGGACAUUAUUAACAUCUUCCUGUACAUCUUGGCCAUCAUUGGCCGUGCCAAGGACUAGGCCCCCUCCGGCCCCUUUCCCUCCUCAUGGUCCCCUCCCCACCUCUCCUCCUGGGAGUCCCCUCCCCUCCCCUCCCCAGUUUUGCCCUUUUCCCCCCUUUGGGCUUGGUUGGUGCUCUGGGGCUGGGGUCCUGAUGCUCCCCGGGAAGGCGGCAUGCCAAGGGGGCCGGCGGUGGGCACGCGUCUCCGGUCUGGCUCGCCUUCCCUUGAGGGGUGAGGGAGAAAGGAAUGGGAUUCUCCCCCUGUGUCUCUUGGGCGACCCCCAGUUGGGGAAGGGGUGUAAAUAUGCUGCUGCUCUCGUCCUUUGCAUUUUGCUCUAGAAAAGUCUUUUAUUUUGGAAGAUGUCCUCCUCGUGGCCUGCUAUCCCACCCUUCCUCAGGCCCAGGAGACCCUUCCUCCCCCUCGUUUGCUGGGCAUGAUCUUCCCCACCGGCUCCACCUUGCCUUCCUGGGUCCUGGGCAGAGGGUUUCACCCUGGGGGAGGGCGGGGGGCGUUGGGGGCUGAAGUCUUGCUCAGCCUUCCCAGUGCGCAGUGCAAAGUCUCUCUCUUGGUGCCACCACGUCGGGGUCUUUUUUUACCAGGAUGUUGAUGUUUCUUGGGGACGCUUUCCCCUCUCUUCCUCUCCCCCCCCACACGUGGCUGGCUUUGGGGGGCUUGAAAUGCUGCAUGCUGAGCCGUUCCCACCCUGCCCCCUAGGCCAGCCUCUGCACUAAGCUGUACAAAUAGCAAUCUAAUAAAAGUCAGAGUAUGCCCACA